AUGCAAGCGCCCGCGCCACCGUCACAUCCCGUGGUGAUCGUGACCCAGCCCAACUAUGGGGCAGCACCCCAGAUGUCCAACUGGCAGACAGGCAUUUUAGACUGCUUCAGCGACUUCGGAGUCUGUCUCUGCGGCAUGUUCUGUUUCGAAUACCUUGCCUGCCAGGUGGCAACUGACAUGGGUGAAUGCUGCCUGUGCGGGACCAGUGUCGCCAUGAGGACCCUCUACCGGACCCGCUACGGCAUCCCCGGAUCCAUUUGUAAUGACUUCCUGGCGACCUAUUUCUGUCCUCUUUGUUCUCUUUGCCAAAUUAAGAGAGACAUCAAUAGAAGGAGAGCCAUGCGCGCUUUUUAA